AUGGCACUUCGGGACAGGUUGGUGUGUGGGCUGAGGAAUGAAAAACUCCAAAGAUGGCUAUUUGCGAAGAAAGAGCUGACCUUCAAAACGGCACAUGAGGAGGCACUCGCCGCUGAAGCAGCAGAACAAUCCGCAAAAGAGGUCCGGCAGUCGCACACUCCCCCGCCGUCCCGCAGGUCCGAACAGGUACAUCAGGGGUGCAUAGAGGACCUGUCAUCAUCAGAGGAUGACGAGGAAGAGAACCAAGUAGGAUCGCCCAAGUCCAGCCACAAGCCUGCACCGGGCUACAAAAAGGCAUCAACCCGCAAGAGCGACUGCCAUACAGUCACAAUACGCCACGCUAAUGUAGCCCAGACUAGCGUGCAGCAGCUGCAUCGUGAUGAGGUAGCAUCAGUGUGCAGAGAGUUUCCAGCAGUCUUCGACGGGGCCCUUGGCAAUUACACAGGACCGCCUGUCUCAUUUGACUUAGACCCAGCCGUGGCCCCCAUCCGCCUGAAGCCUCGCAGGGUUCCAUUUGCACUCAAGCCAAAGAUAGAUGAGGAACUGGAUCAUCUGAUCGAACAGGGGAUCCUGGAACCAGUUUCUCACGCCAAAUGGGAAACUCCCAUUAUUUUUGCCAAGCUUGACCUGGCACAGGCUUACCAACAACUACCUGUGGACGAGGCGACGGCCGAAGCCCAAACGAUCGUGACACACCGGAGGGCGUUCAAGGUUAAAAGACUACAAUUCGGCUUCCUGGGAUUCCUCAUUGACGCAGCCGAUAUUCACCCCACACCAGCAAAGGUACGGGCCAUUAAAAGUGCGCCUCCUCCAGGAUCAAAGAAGGAACUACAAUCAUUCCUGGGCCUAUUAAACUUCUACCACGCCUUCUUGCCACAUAAGGCCUCAGUUGCAGAACCCCUGCAACGUCUCCUAGAUUCCUCUGCCCCCUGGGGGUGGGGCAGAAGAGAAGCUGCGGCGUUUGAAGCAGUAAAAAAACUACUGUCGUCAGAGAGCGUGCUGACACACUUUGAUGAGAAAAAACCGCUCGUACUCGCCUGCGAUGCCUCCCCAUAUGGUAUCGGAGCUGUCCUAAGCCACAGAAUGCAUACCGGGCAUGAAGCGCCCAUCGCCUACUUUUCAAGAACCUUGUCGGCUGCGGAACGGAACUAUGCCCAAAUAGACAAGGAAGCUCUGGCAAUCGUAGCUGGAGUGAAAAAGUUUCAUGAUUACCUCUACGGCCAGAAGUUCCUCAUCGCAACCGACCACAAACCGCUCCUGGGACUACUCGCUCCAGACAAGCAAACGCCCCAAAUCCUUUCGCCCAGGAUGCUGCGGUGGACAGUGUUCAUGUCUGCCUACUGCUACGACUUACAGCACCGCCCCGGCAAAGCAAUGGGACAUGCCGACGCCCUGAGCCGCCUGCCACUUGCUGACCAGGGGACCGACCCAUCUCCAGCUCAUCACAUCAUGCUGCUAGAAGACUUGCCGAGUCCACCACUCAGAGCCUCCGAUGUGGCGUCACAUGCUGCUAAAGAUCGCACCCUCAGCCGCGUUCUCAACUGGGUGUGGAGGGGGUGGCCAUCAGGCCAGCUGGCCGAAGAGUUUCGGCCGUUCCUCAUUAGACAGCACGAACUCUCAGUACACAAGGGCUGUCUGCUAUGGGGAAACAGAGUGGUAAUCCCCAGCAAACUGAGACAACAAGUGCUGGAGGCACUACACAACGGACACCCAGGCAUAGUGCGUAUGAAGGCAAUGGCGCGCAGCUAUGUAUGGUGGCCAGGCAUGGAUAGGGCUAUCGAGGAAUGGGUCCGCACCUGUCAGCCGUGCCAAGAAACACGCCCAGCUCCAGCGCAAGCCCCAGUACAUCCUUGGGAGUCAGCAAGAGCACCCUGGUCGAGACUCCACAUUGAUUUUGCAGGGCCGUUUCAGGGACAAACCUUCCUAAUAGUUGUGGACUCUUAUUCAAAGUGGCUAGAAGUUGUCCCUGUCUCCACAAUGACUACUGCUGUGGUCAUUAGGGCCCUACGUCAGCUGUUUGCAACACACAGUUUGGCUGACACGGUAGUAUCGGAUAACGGAACACAAUUCACAUCAGCUGAGUUCUGGCAGUUCCUGGCCAACAACGGCAUCAGGCAAGUCACGUCUGCUCCAUUCCACCCUUCCACCAAUGGGCAGGCAGAACAGAUGGUGCGGACAACAAAGGACAGCCUUCGGCGAAUCCGCCAAGGAGACUGGCAAUCGCGAUUGGCUGCGUUCCUGUUACAGCAACACGUCACGCCGCAUUCCACGACAGGGCGUAGCCCCGCUGAGCUACUGAUGAACAGGAAGCUCACAGUGACUCUCGACAGACUGCACCCCGACCUAGCGGUCAAGGAAAGGCCCAUGCCAGAAGGAGAGGUAAGGACCUUCCAGCCGGGAGAUCUUGUAUAUGCCCGCGACUACAGCGGACGUCUGCCAUGGGUGCCUGCGUCCGUGGACACCGCAAUGGGACCAGUAUCGUACGCUGUUGUCGCUGCGGAUGGCAGGAAACUACGAAGACAUGUGGACCAGCUACGACGCAGAUGGCCGACCAGGACAACGGGAGCCGAGAGCUUACCAACGCCCAGUGUACAGGACACCGUCACUCAAGAAUCGGACAGUGAACCUAUACCACAGCAUGCACCAACAUUCAGCUCACCGGCUGCAGAGGCAAGUACUACCCCCGAGAACCGAGCGGAAUUAAGUAACGGGCUGCCAACCACCCAAACACCGGCUCAAUUGUCGGACUCACAUUGUCCCUCACCUCAAGUGACCAUACGGAGGUCCCAGCGGACUCGGACUCCUCCCAGCCACCUGAAAGACUAUAUUUGUUAG